AUGAUCAAAAGAGAAGAGGGACCUGAUCAAGCUCGGUCAUGGGCCAUAGCAUUUGCCGCUUGUAUUAUCAAUUCCGUUCUUUCUGGUAUCAGCAGGACAACGGGACUUUUCUAUGUGGCUCUGAUUGAAAAGUAUGGUGCAUCCAGGCUAGAAGCAAAUCUUCCUUUCACUUUACGAAACUUAUUGAGAAAUUUAGGAGCAAUGCUGCACAUUUUGAUUGGGAUGCUACGAUUGUCAGCGGAAUAUAGAAUGGAUCGGUCCAGGAGAGCCAUACUCAACGUCAUGCACGAUCUCAGCGGCCUGGGGCUGAAGAGAGGACAGACAUGUUUUCUACUCGGAGGUCGUAUCAGAGAUCUCGGAUGUCUCCAUAUUGCACUUGAAAGAUCAUACAGCCACGACAAGUACCCUAAGUCAGGAGCUACCCACAUGGACAAUGCGGUUUCGGAGUGGCAUUGGCUACCACGUUAUUUCAAUAGUCGUAAAUCACAUAUUCUUGAAGAAACCGUGCAGUGCUUCGGGAUUGCCCUUUCAGGAGCAUGCAUUGGAGCCUUUCUUUUCCCUAUAUUGAUAGAAUACUUAUUAAUAAAUGUAGGAUUGUCAGGAACCUUUCUUCUCUCUGGAGGUAUUAUUAUGCAUGCUCUACCAGCAUCCCUUAUGAUAAAGGAACCACCAUGGAUCAAACGAAAUAUUAAACAGCAGGAAGAACCUGCGAUUCCAAAUAAAACUUCAUGUACGAAAGAAUCAUCCGGAACUUAUAAAGCAAAGAUUUCAGAGGACCAGUUUUUUCAGACGUGUAAUAUGGAUAAAUUUAACAAGGAAAGUACAAGUGAUAAUCCUUCAUAUGAUGGUUCAAAGAUCGAUCUGAAUGAGAGAACUGUUACUGAAAAGGUGGAUACAACAAACUCCCUACAGAUACGAACUCUUUCCAUAAGUGAUGUGAGUGUGUCAAUAGCAGUGCCACCUGACAAUCAACAAGAAGCUUCUAUCUACAAGGGAGUCAUUAAAAUGAUUAGUAAUCCAAUGUUCCAUAUGAUUAGUUUAUCAUUGGCCGCAUUUGAAAUGUUCUUUGAUCCGUCCAUAACUGUUAUCGUGGAUUACCUAAACGACAAAGGUCUUGAGGAAGAUGUUGCCAAAUAUUUCAUCAGUAUGCUAUCUUUGUCAGAUCUUAUAGGAAGACUUUGCUUUGGUUGGGUAACAGACAGGAAUUAUUUAUCAUUACCAAAGUUCAUGAUGCUCAUACAAGUCUUACCAGGUAUCUGCUUUUUACUCAUACCAAUCUUUUAUUCCUUUGAUGCUUUGAUGACGCUGAUUUUGAUUUAUGGAAUGGCAGCUGGAGCGAAUCUUGUUAUGUUUCCUAUAUUAGUUGGCAAAUAUCUAACAUCUGUGCAAUCUUUGGCCAUCGGUUGUAUUUCGUUCCUCAGUGGUAUGCUGAUUUUUGGUACCCCACCACUUAUUGGUUAUUUCAGGGAUAACUUAGGUUCUUAUGAUGGUUUGUUCUACGUAACUGGAGGGAUCUCUGUGGUUGUUGGUCUCAUGUGGUUAUUAGAACCUUUGUUUCUAAAGAUAAACUUCAGGCUUAGAAAACCUGGCCACAGUGUUUCAGUGGUUAUUACUCCUUAG